AUGACCGAGUUCAAGCCAUCCGAGUUCAAGCCAUCCGAGUUCAAGCCAUCAGAAGAAUGGAACGCGAAGACACCUGAAAGAGGAUAUCAUCAUUGUGAUGGAGUCUUCGUCAAGCGAAGUCUAAGACCGAGUGAAUAUGUCACAUCCUAUAAAGGUGGCCUCCAUAUCCCACGUCUAGGAAUAGAACGGCUCCAGAAUGAAGCAGAAUCCCUUCGAUUCCUCCGUCGCUUCAGCAAUAUUCCUGUUCCUACUCUAUAUGCUGCAUUCGAAGUUGAUGGAGCUUUCUUUCUUAUCAUGGAAUAUAUUGAGGGCAUCGGGAUGUCCGCUUUGCCUGAAGACCAGAAGCAACGGGUGUGGCCUGAAUUACAGCAGUAUAUUACGGCCCUUCAUGAACUUAAGUCCCACAAGCUAGGAGGCAUCGGUGAUAUUGUUAUUCCUCCUUGUCGAGUUCUGGAACGUACCGGGAAGGACUCGGACUCUUGGCCCCGUAAGGAAUCACAGAGUCAGGAAUAUGUAUUCUGUCAUAACGAUCUCUCACAGCACAAUAUCAUCGUUGAUCCAGAUACGUUGAAAAUAAAAGCCAUUAUAGAUUGGGAAUAUGCAGGAUUCUUCCCGGAAUACUUCGAGGCUUCUUUCUACAAAAGAAUUGGACCAUCAUCUGCGUUAGAUGGAGAGCCUGACGAUGUACCUCUAUUGCUGGAUUUUCUUCGAUCUUAA